CCCACGCCACUCCCUGCAACGGUGAAGGAGAUCACAGCGUCACCACACACCGAGGCUGACAAAGAACCUCACAACCCCCGUCUUCAAGUCACAGGAACUCCAGUGGGCAUUCCUGAAGUGGGUAAAGAAGCACAUAUAUUAUUAGAAUCUACCGUGCAUGCGGGAAGUGCAUAUACAGCAAAGAGUUCUCGGUAUAUAAACGCUGCUACCACCAUCAAAACCUUUGUUGAAGAAGGACGAGAGGUUGAGUCUCUGGAAGAGUCGCAAGACACCCUCAGUACCCACGAGACGUAUGUUGUGGCCGGUGAAGUAAUGUCUUCUUCAGUCUUAGACCCAGCGAACCAUGACACAGCCGACCCGGAGACCAUUGCGGAUAACACUGACGGGUUACAUCCAGCCAUAGGUGUCAGGCAGGUAGUGAAGCAUAUAUCGUCCGAAGUGUCGAGAACCCUCCACAACUCCCCUGACCACGAGAGCACGAUGGGGCUGCCACAACCUGACGCCGCCCACACCGACGAACACUUCUUCAUGCACCCGCUGCCUCAGUUUCGGGAAUCCGUCCGGGAUCCAGAAGACACAUCUGAGGAGCACCUGGAUGAUGUGACUGACUCGGAGAGUUCUUUCGAUCAAACAUUUGUGGUGCAUCCACAUCGUCCUUUUGGAGAGAAUAGUAGAGAUGAAGCACUUUCUCCUCAUCACAGUGAAAGAGGACACAAAGUUCUUCAAUUCCAGGGCCCGGUAGUAAUGGAAUCUCUGGAUGAACCAUCAUUGGUUCCUCUAGUUGGACAGACAAAGGAAAUCUUGACGUUAAAAGAUGAUGAAAAGGCCAUUCUUGCACUUCUAAAAGUUGCCCAAGACUCCAACACCUUUGAGGACCCAUUUCAGGUCAAUUCCCUAAUCCAAAACAACAAUCAGGCCACUUCAAAUACCGACCAACUUUACCCAACAAUAUCUUUUCUACACGAAAACGAUACCCAGAUUCCAGCUGAUGAGUCUAACCCCAACGCUCACAGAACUGACUAUGUAAGCCUUAUUGACGAAAACAAUGAUCCAAGACUGUUAAAAAAGAAAGAAUCUAAAUCCCUCGAUGCCAGGAAAUCUGUGAACGCUAUAGAUGUCGAGGCUAAAGAUGACGUCUCAGUGAAAGAUAGCAGUGACGAGGCUGAAAUCGGUGAUGACGCAGUGGGUACCACAGCCAAACCUAUAUAUGAGGAGAUCUCUGACACGCUCAAGGUUGACACCAGUAUAGAUGACGUAGAAGACUUUGACUUACAGUUGAAACACACGGAAAAUACGGAUGACUUCCUUCCAACGACGAACCAGUCCCACCCGAAUUUCAUCGACGUCACUCUUCAUGUCGACCACCAGAGUGGCGACAACACCACGCUCCCGACGCCAUCCUCAACGCUCACACCCUUGUGGUCGACGGUCGAAGCUCCGCCAGCGCCGACCUCCAGUGACUCCAGCGAAUACCCUGUCCACUACCCGCCCAAGCUCUCGGCGCGUCCGGAUGUCGAAAGUACACCAACCACUGAGGGAGACACUGACGGCUGGUCGGUGUUCGUGGCUAACAUCACCGGCCUCAAUAGCACCAACGUGUCGCUGAACGAGUCGGUCUUCCAGAAGGUGUCCGGGGUGGCUCUGGAGGAGCACUACAAGCUCGUCCUCCACGAACGAGGGAGCCUGAUGCUGCAGCUGAUGGACCCAGCGGCGGACCCCUGCCACGACUUCUACCAGUUUGCCUGCGGCAGGUGGAAUGGCAAGUUCCCCAUUAGGCAAGACAAGGCGGUGGACAAUACCUUCGAGCGCCUGAAGGAAGACUUGGACGACGUGUUGAGGUCGUUGUUAGAGGAGCCGCCCCUCGACGAUGAUAACAUCACCACAGCCGUCAAGACUCUCUACACCGGAUGUAUGAAUACGGAAGCAAUCGAGGCCCUAGACGCGAAGCCGUUGCUGGACCUGCUGAAGGAGCUGGGCGGGUGGCCGGUGCUGGAGGGCGACGCCUGGAACGACACGGGGUACGACUGGGUGCGACAGAUGGCUCGCCUUCGCAACUACAACAACGACAUCCUUAUCUCUGAGUGGGUCGCCGCCGACAUCACCAACUCCUCCAACCACAUAAUACAGUUGGACCAGCCCGAGUUGGGUUUGCCAGGAAGAGAGUACUUCAUCAAUCCGGGCGACUACCAGUACCGGGAGGCCUACCUCAACCUCAUGCUUAACGUCACCCAGCUCCUCGGGGCCUCCGUCGACACCUCCCUCGUCGACAUGGCCGACGUCCUCCAGUUCGAAAAACAGAUCUCCCGGAUCCUGACCGCCGCCGAGGAGCGCCGCAACCUGUCCGCUGUCCACCGCCGGAUGACUGUCCAGGAGCUCAGUGCCCAGGUGCCCGAGGUGGACUGGAGGAUGUACCUGGAGACCAUCACCUGGCGAAAUAACAACACACAAGAACUGGUCGUCUUCGGCCUCGACUACUU